UUUUUGGUUUUUUUUGUUUUGUUUUGGGUUUUUUUUUGUUGUUGUUGUUUUGUUUGUUUGUUUGCUUUUGUUUGGGUUUUUUGUGGGUUUUUUUUGUUUGUUUGUUUGGUUUUUUUCCCAGACAUGGAAACUUAAUUUCAUGCAUAAUCACUCCUGGUCUUCAUGCUAAAAACAAGCUACUUGUAGUUAAAAAUAAAAGAAAUUGGGAUAAAAAAACUGAAUCCAUAAGAUGAAAGCAACACCACAGCCAUAUUUUUAGGUCAUUUAAAAGGCGUUUCAAAUAGGCAUUUCAAAUAGGCACCCUUUAGUUUUGGUGCAGCUCCUGUAACCCAUUUUUGCAGAUUAUUGACAAGGAAGCAAAUUGUAUCAGCUAACGAAGGAAAUUAAACUAAACCUGCAAACUCAUGUUUAGGGAAGGCGAUGGAACAAAACCUUUGCAUGUGCAGUGCCUGAAACUAAGGGCUGUAUGCCCAAACCUGUUGCCAACCAAGGAAGAAUGAAUGUCCUGUGUUCCCAUCACUUUUCCAAAGGAAAAAUGCAUGUGCCCAGUAUUUGCCUGCAGAUGCUGGACCAGGUAUUUACAAGGCACCUAUCACCUUGGUACCUAAGCAGUUUGAGAAAUGCACCCACCCCAGGAGGGAUGAUGAGAUACAGACAGAGGCCCAGGUCCAGAGCAGCAGAGGCAGGGCCCGGGAAGCUCCCCUGCUGUGUUCCCGCUGUUGUUGGGCUCCUGGCCCACUUGUUGUGGCCAAGGGACAUCUCCACCCACCUGUCUGUCAGCAGGAAGAGACGGUGCCCCAGCCCUCCCGUGCAGCUCCGCUGGUGGGCAGUCUGAAAAGGAAAGAUAAUGGAAAAGGCAACGAUCCGGUAGCAGAGGUGAAACAGGAAUGGUGGGAUUUCAAAAGGAGGGCUUCUUAAAGAGCAGCACAUCUCAGGGGAGGGAUCAGCUGCCAGUCCAAGUGGCAGAUGUCACUGGGGAGCAAGAUGGGGAGGUUCCUGGAUCCUCGGGGCAAGCCAGCCAUCACCGAGGGAGCUCGCUGUCCACGCCGGCCGAAGAACAGGAAUCCUCGGUGCCUGCCUCUGAUGAAGACUCGCCAGCCAGGACCACAGAGAGCUGGCAGUGGCCGCUGUCCUCAUCUGAAACGCACAGCAACGUUGGGGAGGAUUUUGAGGGAUUUCAAACGCCAGCGCGGACUCCAGAGUGCACCAUGGACAUACAGUCUCCCGGGGAUCAGUCACUCAGUAGGACUCCUCAGUUUGAAAGUGACUCUCCUGAGGAGGAGGGAAAUGAUGAGAUGAAUGAAGAGCGCUGCGGUGUUGAGCCUGUCCCUAGGGAUCGGGGUUGGAGAGGGCAGCCCCAGCUAACAGAGGGAGAGAAGCUGUUGAUGGAAACCAACAGUAGGAUUGUGCAGCUGCUGGAAAAUAUCAAGAGGGAGCAUGCACAGUCCAUGGGUCUCAUGUCCCAGUCCAUGGGCCGUAUGGAGCUGCAGCUGGGCAUUGUGGCUACCUCCACAAGAGCCAUCCAUAACUACCUGUCAGAGAUUUUAGCUUUCCUCAAGCAGCCGAGGACGCAGGUCCUCGAAACACGCAUCUCCCAAAGAGCCACCCCCCAUGUCGAGUUGACGUGUGCCUCGACAUGGACUGGUGAGGACGCAGUGGCAUCCUCCACUGUGUGCUUACCAGGGGCCGAAGGGACGAGCGACUCUCGCGACCCGCCGCAGGCCACCCUGCCUUGUCGCAGUGGCCGGCUGCAGAGAGCCAUAACUGAGAGGGCCUCGCUGCCCAUGCCUCCACGCCAGGCAAAAGGGGGAGGGAAGAAAAAAUAACCACUCCAUAGGAUUUUUAGAGUUUUUUUUAAUGUGCCUGUCCUUUUAAUUCUUAGCCAUAAGGCCAUCGGUGGCAGAGUUCAACCAUUUCCUACAUUGGCUAACAUUGUAUUCUGGCUGACUAGAUUAGUCUAACAUCUUGUAGUUUAUAUUUGCACUGUUAACGAUGUGUGCUGCUGGUAUUUGAAGAACAUUUGCCUCUGUUCUUUCACUUUAACUUCAUAUGAGCAUUUUUUUACUCUGUGCCAGGCAUUCAUUGCUUUUCUUACAAAUACAAGUCAUUUCUUGA